GUUAAGGGAAAACUAAAGCAGUAAUCAAUGGAGAUAUCUGCAGAAAAAGAGCACCCCAGGGAGGCAUUUGGUUGGGCAGCAAGAGACCCAUCUGGUGUUCUUUCUCCAUUUCAUUUCUACAGAAGAAAUCCAACUGCAAAAGAUGUUUGCAUUAAAAUCAUAUACUGUGGUAUCUGCCAUUCUGAUCUUCAUUUCUGCAGAAAUGAAUGGAAAUUCUCUGUAUAUCCUCUUGUUCCUGGGCAUGAGAUUGUGGGGAUAGUAACAGAGAUUGGAAAUGAAGUUCAGAAGUUCAAAGUGGGAGACAAAGUGGGAGUUGGUUGUGUGGUAGGAGGUUGUGAUACUUGUCAUCAAUGCACUAAUGACUUGGAGAAUUACUGUGAUAAAACAAUCCUAACAUACAACUAUAUAUACCAUGAUGGCACUAGAACAUAUGGUGGAUUUUCCGAUGAAAUAGUUGUUGAAGAGCAUUAUGUUCUUCGGUUUCCCGACCGGCUGCCAAUGGAUGGCGCAGCACCAUUGUUCUGUGCCGGGAUUACCGUUUAUAGUCCUCUUAAAUAUUAUGGUCUUGAUAAGCCUGGAUUGCAUAUUGGUGUUGUUGGUCUUGGUGGUCUUGGCCAUUUGGCUGUUAAGUUUGCCAAAGCACUGGGUGUUAGAGUCACUGUGAUUAGUACUUCUCCAAGAAAGCAGAAAGAAGCCAUUGAUUCUCUUGGUGCUGAUGCUUUUCUUGUUAGCACUGAUGAACUUCAAAUGAAGGAUGCAAUGGGGAGCAUGGAUGGAAUAAUAGAUACAGUGUCAGCAACACAUGCAUUGAUGCCAUUGAUUGAUUUGUUGAAGAAGCAUGGGAAGCUGGUCAUGGUGGGAGCUCCUGAGAAGCCAUUGGAGAUUGAAAUGUUUCCUCUUCUUACUGGAAGAAAGCAAGUGGUGGGGAGUUGCACAGGAGGAAUUAAGGAGACACAGGAGAUGCUUGAUUUUGCUGCAGAACAUGGUAUAACUGCAGACAUUGAAGUUAUUCCCAUGAGUUAUGUGAAUACAGCCAUGGAAAGGCUUUUGAAGGGAGAUAUCAAGUAUCGAUUCGUCAUUGAUAUCGCAAAUACAUUGAACUCAAAUUAAUUAACUUGUAUGAUGUUCUCAGUGUUUGACUUUUCAUGAGUACUCAAUAAAAUGAACUUUGAUUACUGUCAAGAUU